AUGCAAUAUUGCCUGCAGUUCACUAAUCCUGAUGGCAAAGCGGCCCACCUGGUAUCGGUCACCAGCGAAGAGGAAAACCAGUUCCUGCUGUCGUACGCAACUUUGGCCGGGAACCAAAGGUUCUGGAUUGGAUACCAGUACGACAACGCUCAAGGAAGGUUCAUCUGGGUGGAUGGGACCAGCGAAGCUGGCUAUGAGAACUGGUAUCCCAGGCAGCCAACUUACGGCGCCUGUGUGACUGUUUACGAUGGCUUUUGGGCAAGUGUUUGGUGUACAAAUUCAAACGGCUUUGUGUGCAAGAUGGCAAUCUGA